AUGCCAUUAACUAAACGGCACACUAGCGGAUCGACGCCCUGCACUCCGACCACAAUAGUUGCUGACCGGGGAGCGCUGGAUGCCGCUUUAUGGCGACGCCAAUUCCGCAAGGUAAAAACAAGUCUCCUGGCCGCCUGCGUCACCGUCGGCACCAAAGAUGCUCAAUCACACGAAGUCGUUCCAUCUGAUGGGUUGACUCGAAAUAGGCAUUUUUUGAUAAUUAUCUUCAUUCUUAGGUUUUGUAGCAUUGACAGACUGCAUUUGCCCAAUAGAACUAAGCGAAAAACAGUAUAA